AUGGACCCUAUAAUUUACACUUUUCUAGGUAUGACAUUAGGAUUCGUGGGAUCUUAAAUGAUUAUGAAUAACUUCUUCCAAAAUAAGUAGAAUAAGAAUCCAUAAUAGAAAUAAGCAACCAAGAAAUUCUUGCCCUCAACUCCUGAUAUCAAAAAGGCAUUUCAAUAAAAUUAAAUCCAAUUUCAAAUCAAAAGACCAAUAGAAUAGAAUGAUUAAAUCAGAAAAAAAGUCAAAAUCGAACCAUCACCAGCCUAAUUUGAUUAAGAUGACGAAUUAUUAUAAGCCUAAGAGCAAGAACCCGAUUAAGAACACCAAACCAAUCAUUCUGACCAUAAUGCCAUACCUCAGACUCCUAACUUUCAAAACAAAACCCAAGCAUAACCUAAUAUUCUAUUGUUUUGUGCAGCUGACUAAAUGCAAUAAAUUGUCACAACCCCUAUAUUUUUAAAAACAAAUAAAUUUAGCGCCUCUUGUAAGUUUCUAUAAUAACUUAAGAAAAACAUCACCCUGAGACUACCUCAUCAAUCAGCCAAUCUGAAUAAUAGGCAGAAAACAAUGAACAAGGUGAAUGA